ACCUCGGGCCACCGCCCGCACCACAACCACCACCACCACCACCACCAGGACUGGUUGUCCGCCUGGGGUCGCCUCGUCGGAGCCAUAACGGGGGGCGGCAGGAAGCUGGGCGUCGGCUCAGGCGGCAGCACCAAGCGGUGCCGCGACGAGAUGGAGUCCGGUGGCGCCGCCGCCGCCGCCGCCGCCGUCUCCCCACCACCCGCCGCCGAGGCGGCCAUCGCUUCUGCGCAUGCGCCGAGUCCCGUCGCGCAUGCGCCCCCGGCUGCUGCCGUCACUGCGCAUGCGCCGACCGUAGCGCCGGGCUCGGAGCCGGCGCGCAGACAGAGCUGCCUGCCAGUGUCCAGCUACAAGCUGCGCAGGUGGUUCCACCCCAACAUCUCGGGCAUCGAGGCGGAGCUGCUGCUGAUGGAGCGAGGCUUCGACGGCAGCUUCCUGGCCAGGCCGAGCCGCAGCAACCCGGGGGACCUCACGCUCUCCGUCAGGAGGAACGGCGAGGUGACGCACAUCAAGAUCCAGAACACGGGCGACUUCUACGACCUGUACGGCGGCGAGAAGUUCGCGACGCUGUCGGAGCUGGUGCAGUACUACACGGAGAACCAGGGCCAGCUGCGCGAGAAGUCGGGGGAGCUGAUCGAGCUGCGCUGCCCGCUCAACUGCAGCCAGCAGCCGGAGGCCGCCGCGUCCUGCACCGAGCGGUGGUUCCACGGGCACCUGUCGGGCAAGGAGGCGGAGAAGCUGAUCCUGGAGAAGGGCAAGAACGGCAGCUUCCUGGUGCGCGAGUCGCAGAGCAAGCCGGGGGACUACGUGCUGUCCGUGCGCACCGACGACCGCGUCACGCACGUCAUGAUCCGCUGCCAGGACGACACCUACGACGUGGGCGGGGGCGACCGGUUCGAGACCCUGUCGGACCUCAUCGAGCACUACAAGCGCAACCCCAUGGUGGAGACCAGCGGCACCGUCGUCCACCUCAAGCAGCCCUUCAACGCGACGCGCAUCAACGCCAGCGGCAUCGAGAGCAGAGUCCGCGAGCUGCAGAAGGAGAACGGGCAGUCGACGGGCAAGGCGGGCUUCUGGGAGGAGUUCGAGUCGCUGCAGCAGCAGGAGUGCAAGCACCUCUUCUCCCGCAAGGAGGGCCAGAAGCCCGAGAACCGGAACAAGAACCGCUACAAGAACAUCUUGCCCUUUGACCACACGCGGGUGAAGCUGAGGGACGUCGAUCCGAGUGUCCCCGGAUCUGAGUACAUCAACGCCAACUACAUUCGGCCGGACGACGAGGCGGGCGACUCGGGGUGCGGGCGGUGCUACAUCGCUACGCAGGGCUGCCUGCCGGCCACGACGGGCGACUUCUGGGAGAUGGUCUGGCAGGAGAACACGCGCGUCAUCGUCAUGACGACCAAGGAGGUGGAGCGCGGCAAGAACAAGUGCGUCCGCUACUGGCCGGAGGAGGGGCAGAGCAAGGACUUCGGGCGCGUGCGCGUCCGCAACCUGUCGGAGUCGUCGACGGCCGACUACACGCUGCGCGAGUUCGCCGUGUCGCGCCUGCCCCCGCAGCCCCAGCCGGCACUCCCGCAGGCUCCGGACGGCGGCGGGGGCGGCGACGGCAGCGACUCCGGCUCGUCCGGCGGGGGCGGGGGCGGCGGUCAGCGCGUGCAGCAGAAUCAGCACGCGGCGGCAGUCGGCGACGAGCGUAAAGUGUACCACUACCACUUCCAGGCGUGGCCGGACCACGGCGUGCCGUCGGACCCGGGCUGCGUGCUCAACUUCCUGCACGACGUGAACGCCCGGCAGGAGAGCUGCGGCCCCAGCGCGGGGCCCGUCCUCGUCCACUGCAGCGCCGGCAUCGGCCGCACCGGCACCUUCAUCGUCAUCGACAUCGUCCUCGACCAGAUCAAGCGACGAGGGCUGGACUGCGAGAUCGACAUCCAGCGGACGAUCCAGAUGGUGCGGGCGCAGCGCUCCGGCAUGGUGCAGACGGAGGCGCAGUACAAGUUCGUCUACCUGGCCGUGCAGCACUACAUCGAGACGGUGCGCCAGCGCGCCCAGGCCGAGCAGAAGAGCCUCCAGCUGGGCCGCGAGUACACCAACAUCCGCUACUCGAGCGACGAGCUGCCGUCGCCGUCGCCCGUGCUGCCGCUGCCGCCGCCUCGACGGUCUCCCGUCCGUUUGCCACAGCCGCCCGACGACUUCCCGCGCCAGAUCUACGAGAACGUCGCGGUCAAGGACCGCAAGCUGUCGGCGGCGUCGCUGGGGCCGUCCUCGACGCACCACAUCGGGCCGCCGCCGCCGAGCUUCGCCCCUCCGCCCCCGCCGCCUCCGCGCAAGACGUGACACCGGCAGCAGCAGCGGGA